AUGGUGUUAACUGGCCAUUUCAUUGAUGCUGACUGGGUUUUGCAGAAACGCAUCCUUAGUUUUGUUCAUGUUCCUCCUCCUCGGCGUGGUGUUGAUAUUGCUGAUGCAAUCUUCAAAUGUCUUAAAGAUUGGGGCAUUGAAAAUAAAAUAUUUAGUGUGUCGGUGGAUAAUGCACUCUACAAUGAUAGAUGUUUGAAAGAGUUAAAAGUUUUGAUUUUAAGGCACCGAAAGUUAGUGUUAAAUGGAAAGUUAUUUCAUGUGCGUUGUUGUGCACAUAUACUAAACUUGCUUAUUCAAGAUGGUAUUGGGAAAAUAGCAAAAAUAGUUGAAAACGUGCGUGAAAGUGUGAAGUUCAUCAAUCACUCUGAAGCAAGGUUGCAAACAUUCUCACAAAUAGUUCAACAACUAAAGCUUAGUGGUAAAAAAUUAAUUCUUGAUUGCCCUACUCGUUGGAACUCCACUUAUCAAAUGUUGUCAGUUGCAAUGCAGUUUAAAGAAGUCUUCCCUCGUUUUCAAGAUCGAGAACCAAGCUAUACGAUUCUUCCAAAUGAUGAUGAUUGGGAAAAGGUUGAAAAAGUUUCUAAGUUUCUAGAGCUAGUUUUAGAUCAAGCUAUCGAUGAUGAAUCUGAUUUUAUGAAAGAAAUGGCAGAAGCGAUGAAGGAAAAAUUUGACAAAUAUUGGAGUCAAUGUAAUCUUGUUAUGUCCCUUGCUUCUGUUUUGGACCCUAGGAUCAAAAUGAUGGGUGUUAACAUGUGUUUUCCCUUAAUUUAUUCGAAAGAUGAAGCUAGAAAAAAUAUAGAAAAUGUGUGUAUUGCUCUUGAUGACAUGUAUAAAGAGUAUGUUGAUCUACCUAGUGAGCAUAGUGAAGAAGGAUCUAGUAGAACUAUUGUUGAUCAAAAUGGGCUUAUUUUGGAGCCACAAAAAUCCUCAGGGUGGUCAUUGUUAAUGAAUUAUGUUGAAGAGCAACAAGUAAUUCCUGCUGUAAAAUCGGAAAUUGAAGAGUACUUGAAUGAACCAACUUACAAACCAAAAAAGAUAAUGGUCACAUGUCAUUUUGUGCCUUGGAAUGGUGGAAAUUGA